UUGUUAUAUAUUUUUUUCUUCUAUCUUCUCCUCCUCCUCCUCCUUUCUGGCCUCCAAGAAAUCCAAAUCCACAUUUGCAGAGGCAAUAUGUAAUUGAAUAUAUAUUACUAUAUAUAUACAUAGCAAAUUCAUAGCAUGAGGGUUCAUCCUAUGUCCCUGAAACGAAAUAUUGCUAUUCGUGAAGGAAUCGGGUCGGGUUCAGAUUCGGAGCAACGGGAACAAAUUUUAGCAGCAAUGGAAGGGAAUCCAAUGAAGAAGCUACGAAAAUUACCUCAUGUAUUCGGGAAGGUUCUAGAACUUCCGUUUCGUUCCGAUGCUGACGUGGCGGUUGAGGAAGGUCCGGAAUUCUUCCGUUUCGUGGCGGUGAUGGAAUUCGACGACGGCGGAAGCGGCGGAGCGGGAGGUGUUAGGGUGCAGGCGGUUGAGAUUCAUACUGGUAUUACGAAGAUUGUGGUGAGAAAUGGCGCCGGAGAUGGCGGAGUUGAUGGCGGAAUAGAGGAGCUGUUGUUGGAAGAGCUGAAGGUGGAUACGUGGAGGUUCAGAUUGCCGGCUACGACAAUGCCGGAGCUGGCUACGGCUGUGUUUGUGGACGGUGAGUUAAUUGUGACGGUGCCAAAAGCUGGCCGUGGCGGCGGAGAGUUCGCCGACGGUAGAGAUGUUUGGGGUGGAGGUGGCCGGCUUGUUCUUGUACAGUAAGUAACCAGAAUAUUUAAAAAAAAAAUCAUUAAUAUUCUAAAAUCAGAUUUUCUUAAAUCUCCAUAAAUAAUAAUAAUUGUUGUACAUUAUGGUUGACUCGGGGAACUUUAUUCUCCAUGUAAAUUAUAAUAAUAAUACUAAUAUUCUUAUAUUUUUCUCGUUUAUAAA